AUGAUUCUUGUCAAUUCUAUUUUUGAUAGAAGGAGCUAUGGAGGAUGGCGCAGGGCUGUUCUCAUAGCUCUAUCAGCUAAGAACAAAUUGGGAUUCACAGAUGGAACCAUAUCAGUCCGUGCGGCAUCUGCAGCUUCCUUCAAACCUUGGAGCCGUUGUAAUGACAUGGUGAUGUCAUGGCUUUUCAAUUCACUUUCCAAGGAAAUUGCUGAAAGUGUUCUCUACUCCAAAACAGCAAGAGGGAUUUGGAAGGAGCUUGAGGACAGAUUUGGGCAAAGCAAUGGAGCUUUGCUUUAUCAGCUGCUAAAGGAGCUCAGUGACACAGUUCAAGGAAGUUCAGACAUAGCUGGUUAUUAUACAAAAGUGAAAAGAAUCUGGGAUGAGCUUGACAGCCUAGAUACAUGUGUUCACUGUAGUUGUGAUUGCUCUUGUGGAGGGAAGAGUAGAUCUCUGAAAUCUCAUCAAGAUGGCAGGCUCAUCCAAUUCCUCAUGGGGCUGAAUGAGGCCUACUCUGGUGUAAAAAUCAAUAUUCUGAUGGCUUCACCUCUGCGCAUCAUCAAUCAUGCUUACUCCCUAUUAAUUCAAGAUGAAAAACAAAGGGAGAUACAUGUAGCUCAGCACCCUGUUGAAUCUGCUUUCAUGGUUGCAAGACAACAAUAUGGAGGUCAAAAGCUUGGAAGUUCUGAGAAAAAGGGAAACUAUGAAGGAAAGAAGAACAAUCUUACAUGCUCCUAUUGUAAGAAGCCAGGAUACACUGCUGAAAAAUGUUAUAGGAUCAUUGGUUUUUCGGCUGAUUUCAAAUUUACCAAAAACAAGAGGUUUCAAAGUGCUGGUACACAUGCUAAUGCAGCUGUCACAACUGAAGAUGGUGGAAAUCAGACCUUUAAUGCUACAGAAAGGGCCGUCACUCAAGAAGAGUACAACAACUUGUGUGAACUUCUACAACAGGUUAAGUCUGGAUCUCAGGGAGAUAUGAAUUCUUAG